AUGUGUAAUACAUGGCGUCUCACGCCUCUGAUUUACGUGUCACUGGCCGUCACUCUCGCCAAUUUAGCCGCGUGCGCGGCGGCGAGACCCGGCGGGGAGCUCGCUGUCCACCUGCUCCCGGACAACGUAGAAGGCGACGGCCUGUGGAUCGUCGGCUCCGCGUGGCCGAUCGCGGCCCAGACGCCCGCAGAGGCUUUCCAGCUUCCCGCGGGGAUCCACAAGUGGCAGGCAAAGAGCGGCUGCGUUUUCGACGAUGCGCCCGAGGGCGGGCCCUUCACGCUGCUCAUCGACAAUUUCGGCGCGUGCGACGACUCGUCGCUCUACGAGCACCUUCGCGAUAAGCUCGGACAGACGCAGGCAGGCUCACAGAGUCUCUCGCCGCCGGUGGACGGAUGGGGCGUGGUCCUCCCCAGUGACUCUAGCGACGCACACGCGCUCCACCUCGCAAAUUUUGAGACUGGCGACUUACCGCCAGACUUCCCGGGCACGGUGAUCUCCGUGUCAAAGACCCUCGGAGACAAGCUCAAGGCCAAGCUCAACGUCACGAGGGUUGCGCUCGACACACCGGUGCACGCGAGCACCGUGCAAGGCCACACCACGACCUUCCUCUACCGGCACGCGGGCGCGCGCGCAGAGACCGACCUUCCUCGCCCCCCCGACGAGCGCUCUCACGCAUGCAACGUGACCCUCGUCUCCCAGCAUAGCCACGCGCCCUGCAUUGCGGGCAAGGGCUACGGUUGCGUCGACGCCACCAACGUGUGGGUGCGUAAUUGCCGAGGUUUCUUUCAAUGCGACGGCGGGAAGCUGCCGAGCCUAAUUUUCGCGUGUGGCUUUCCUCCCGGCAAACCCACCUAUCGAUGCCGCUGCGAUGGGCGGCAAGAGGAGGCGGCACGUGUGCUUGUGCUGGGUAACUCGCACACGAAUCAGCUGAUUCAGUCGAUGCUCUGCCGCUUCCACGCGGAGGUCCAGCACGUCGCUCUACACAACGACAACAUCCCCGGCACAAUUCGGCGCCUGCUUGGCGUUCACACGCUGGCAGAAUUUUCGGUGAUUGUCUUCCAUCACCUCAACGGGGACUGGUGGGCCCAGAAGUGGGCGGGCUACGAUCAUCAGUGUGGUUCCACAAUCGCACGACGCUUAGGCGGUCCACCAAGUGCGCUGACAUUCGCCGCACAGCUUCAGGCUUCAAGCUUUCGAGGCACUCUGCUCGUCGACACGGCAGGCUUGUCGGAUCAAUAUCACGUCGCCAGUGCCGAUAUACUGUGCGCAGCGGGCGAGCACUUUUCUCGACUUGCACACAUCAAGACGCAAUGCUGGGACUUUUUGCGCCGAUACAUGGUCGACCACCGCACGAAGUGGGCGUGCGCGCUCGAUGAUGUUUAUCACCAGUGCAUCCCCGGGCCGAUCGACGCAGUCACCGACAUCUGGCUAGCCAUUCUAUGGCGGGUCAAAACGGAAGCCCAAGCGUGGCGACCGCGGGCGCUGAUGCUGCGCCUCGACGCCGUCUACGCUUCGCGCUCUGCGGCGGCGCCCGACGGCUUCGAGGAGUGCAUCAACUUUUGGUACCGCGAGUGCGGCUUGCCGGCCGAGCUUCGGAGCCAGCUGCACUCGCUGCGCAUCUGGGCGAACGCGGCGCGGCACUACGACGCGGCGAGGUGGAGGAGGGACUGGCCGCGGAGCGAGGGGGAGAGGUCGCGGCUCGUGGCGGCGAUGACGGAGGCGAUCGGGGCGUUCGAGGGGUAA